GCGUUUUUCUGCGCAUGUGCGAAGAAACGUAAACUGGGUAAUGUCGUAAAAUAUAGUGUCAAAUUUCUUCUAUCAAAAAGAACUUUAUUUGUGGUAUAUGAUAUUGUUAUACCAAUAGUUAGUCAUUUUCAUUAAUUUCACGCUAUGCAAGGGCUACAAAGGGACUUUCUGACUGCAAUUAUUUGACGACAAUCACCGGUUCUGAAAGUAGUCGCAUGUCGUUUGGAUCUGUCAGUCGGCUGUCAGUCCUGCCAAAAUGGAAUGAAUGAGCAUAAAUCGUAAGGUUGUAAAUAAUGGAACGUGGAAAAUUUGGUAAAUUUAUAAAGUCCAAGUUUACGUCAAAGUCAGAUUUGAAUGUAAGUCAGCCAGAAUCGAAAACUUCACACAGUCAUUCGGGACAUUCCGAUAUUGCUCGCACUGUCAACAAAGAUCAUGGCUACUGUUUAAAUUCCGACAGUUCUUCAUUACCUAAUUUAAACGACUUAAGUCACGAAGAAUUAAUAUCUACAUGUGACUGGACUCAGGGCAGAACUAUCGUGGAGUUGGGGCACUGGCCAAUGCUUUGAGACAUUGUACCAAUUGUCAGCAGCAGUUGUAUGUGCACAACUGUGUGAAAAAAAGAUCUUUUGGACUUGGCGCUGUAUUGGAAAUAUAUUGUCAGAUAUGCAAUAAAAUAUCGUCUGUUACAACAGGAAAAAAACGAGGAAAUACGUUUGAUAUGAAUACUAAACUCGCAACAGCUCUAGUGCACUCAGGUACCGGAGUGACUCAGCUCAACAGUAUAUUGGGAUGUUUGAAUAUUCCAAAUGUUACUCAUUCACUUGCAGGUCGCAGAUUGAAAGAGUCCGGGAAGGCCAUAGAGGAAGUUGCAUUGGAGUCACUACAGGAAGCUUUAGAAGAAGAGAAAGACAGUGAUGGAGAAGUUGAAGUAAGUGUUGAUGGUGGCUGGCAGAAAAGAGGUUGUGGAAGAGCAUAUGACAGUUUAUCAGGGCAUUGCACAAUGAUCGGAUGCAAAACUGGGAAGGUUGUUGGUUAUGCUGUGCGUUCUAAAGGCUGCAGGAUUUGUGAAGCCAGUGAAGUGAAAGGACAGUGUCCAGGUUAAUCGCAAACUAGGAGUAUCGCCUGGAGCACACACAUUAAAACUUGUAACCUACAGGGACAUGAUCGCACGUAAAAGGAAAGCUAUUUCUAUUACACAUCAAGCCAAACGACGAAGACUCUUACUCAAACAAAA